GGUUCAGAGAAAAAAUCUACAGGACAUUAGAUCUCCAGAAAAGUGGUGGUUAGCACUGUGCUAAUUGUCAAACUUUCAGCUUCAGUGCAAAGGAAUAACAAAAAGGACUGCAGGGACCCAAAACCCUCCAAAAUCUAGAAUAUGGACUGACAUAUAAAAGAGCUGUUCUGGGUUUCAGCGCAGUUAUCCAGCUAAUUCGGUAAUCCUGCUUCAUUAAUUCAAGCACCAGAACAGGUUCACUCCAGCCCUGAAGAGUUGCAGUGUCCGCUGGUUAUUCUGUGUUUCAAGACCAUUUCAGAUCUUGAUUGGCUAAAGAGUCCAUACUCUUUGUUCUCAAGGCUUUAAUUGGCUGCUGGUCAACAGGAAAUUGCAAAUACCUGCAGGCACUAUGGCUUUACUUGAUUGAUUUUUGCAGUGGCGCUCACCGUUGCUGUUGGAGAGUGUGGUCGGUUUUAGUUUUCACCUUAAAAUCAGCAAGUGGCUCUGACCUAGAAACCUAGGGAGUUGGCAGGUUGUGCUACUAGAAUAUGGCUCUUCGACAUGUUUUAUGGACCCUCUUGCUUUGUAAUGUGUUAACAUGCAGCAUAUGUGGUGUUCAGAAAGUCAGCAGCUACGGCGCUGUCCAAUAUCAAAGUGCCGUGGGAAGACCUGAGCCCCCCUCACGCCCGCGUCCCCGCAGCCACGCACGCGCCACUGCAUUCCAACCUGGGACCGCCGUCAAGGGCGGAGGCGCACCCUACAGCCCCCUCUCUCAGGAAAACCAACAGUCCAGAGUUUUGCACGACCAGAGGGAAGAUGUCCAGCGUCACGCCGUCGCUGCCCGAGGUGAAGCUGCCCCCGUCAUCCGGGAGCAGGUCAAGCUGAUCCCCGUCUUCCAUGGCCGCCCUGACCCGAAUGCCGCUCGGUCGCAAGUGAUCCAGUUCGGGUCUGCCCAGACUGGGAGUGCGUCCCGUGUAGUUGACCAGCUGUUGAGUGGCUAUAGCCCGGCUGGAGGAGGAGGAGGAGGCACGCUGGGGGGCGUCAACAGCCACGUCCCCGCCCAGAGGAGGCCCGGCCACAGUCGUCUCACCAUCUUCGGUUCCAGGCAGAGCACAGGCACCUCUUACGGUUCCCAUUACAACUCGGCAAGUACAGGCCCCGGUCACGUUACCUCUGAAAUGGUAGUCCGGAGGGACCAGGACUUGCCUGCGAGAUAUCUGGCCACGGGACACUUUACACCAGGUGGCGAUGCCCUCCACAAACCUACCUCAACCCCAUAUGUGAAUGCCAAUGCAGCUGAGGGCUCCUUUUUCUCUGGUCAGAGAAUCCCCCACGAACCUGCUCAAAUCUUAAAUGCGGCUAAUUUGGGCACGCGCUACUCUGGAACCAGCCACUACGGUGAAAACGUAAAUGCGGCUCAUUUGGGCACGCGCUACUCUGGAACUCGCCGCUACGGUGAAAACGUAAAUACAGCUCAUUUGGACACGCGCUACUCUGGAACCCGCCGCUACAUUCAAAGCUUAAACACGGCUUCUAGUUCUGUCCUGAAGGUCCCCGGUGGCCAUGAAGCAGGCUCAAGGGCAGGCAGUUCAGAAACGGGCCACCGAACCUACACCCAAGAUCGUAAUGUCGCUUCUGGCUCUGAAGUUAAGUUCCCCACCAGAACUGUUCAGUUUAUGCCAGGUGGAGCCGCUCCUUCCUCUAGUUGGGGGUCCUCCUCUCGCUUUGACGCCAGCCUGGUCAGACCAGACACGAGCUCCACUGGGUCGGUGAAGGGUGGGAGUGGCUCGGCGAGCCACAGGCAGGGCUCUUCCACUGGGUCGGUGAGCCACAGGCAGGAGUCCUCCACUGGGUCGGUGAAGGGUGGGAGUGGCUCGGCGAGCCACAGGCAGGACUCCUCUCAGCACAGCUACAGCAGGCCUGCAGAAUGA